AUGAAUCAACCACCAUAUCCGUCGAGCUCAGCGCAGAGCCUUCCCCCCGACAUGCACUCGCAACCACAUCCGCAUCAUUCACCAUAUCCUGCUCAUCACCAGAUGCAGCCGCUACCUCCAAUGCCUGCGCCCAGCACAUCCUACCCCUCGAGCACAUCUUACACAGAGCCGGCUCCGAUGGCCAGCACCGCGGCACCUCCCCCUCCUCCUCAGCCUGCACCGUCCAACGAGAGCUCCCAGCCAACGCCUUCGUCCUCCUCAGAAAAGCCACAGCUCACGCCAGAGCAGAAGCGGCAACAGGAAAUCAACCUCACACCCUUCUCUGCCACGGAUGAACUAGGCCGGACAUACAGCGAGAUCGAGCAUACUAUGUACGUUCUCAACGUCGAUUUAUGGUCUGAGGACGCCUUGAGAGAGGUCAACUUAGUCCGUCACACAACAGCAACCCCCUCCAUCUCGUCGACCUCACCAGCCUCUUAUGCUCAGAUCGACCAGGCCACACCUACCUAUUCUCACAUCCUUCCCUCAAGCCGAGACGUUGCUUAUGGGUCCCAGAUGGGCUAUGGCCCUCAGAACCAAGCCGUUGCCCCAUACGGCAUGCAGCAACCUUAUGGCCCACCUGGCUAUGUGUCAUCCAACGGAACAGGCUAUCAGCCAAGCCAGUACUACUCCCAACCGGAGCUGCACGGCCUGAAUCAAAUGGUGCCGUCACCAUACGGGCCCCCGCGGGUAUACGAUCAAUAUGGCACUGUGUCUCAACGGAUGUCGAUGAGCAGCAAUCAGCCUCAGGGCAUGUUCACCCGAAACCUGAUUGGCAGUUUGGCAGCUAGCGCCUUCCGUCUGAGCGACCCCGAAGACAAGAUUGGUAUCUGGUUCAUCCUCCAAGAUCUUAGCGUUCGCACAGAAGGUUGCUUCCGCCUGAGAUUUUCAUUUGUCAAUGUUGGCGCUCCUGGUGCUCAAGGGAACGGCGUCAACAACGGCAAGGCACCAGUACUCGCUUCUGUUUUCAGCGAUGUAUUCCAGGUUUACUCGGCCAAGAAGUUCCCUGGCGUGUGCGAGAGCACUUUGCUCAGCAAGUGUUUCGCUACCCAGGGCAUCAAGAUCCCGAUCCGCAAGGACAACCCCAAGAACAACAAUCAAGAUGAUGAUGAUGACUAUUAA